UGAUCGGGGAACAUGUCACAUGAGAAAACUCUUAGUAAAGACAUGUGGAUUCCUUACAGAAGCAUUAUUGAUGUUGCAACGAAAUGCAUCUGCGUUGUCCCUUGUACAGUGGUCACGCUUGGCGAGCCUGGCAAGUGGAUGCUCUUCCGAAAGGGCGGCGUGCUUCAGUCAAUUGUCGUUCGAACGACCCCUGAAGGUCGUCUCGUCGGCCUGUCGCCCGCUGCCGCCCAAGUACGUGACAGGUUGUGUUGAGGAAGUGCGUGUGUUCAGUGUUGUAAGCCGAUCUCCCCCAAGUAAAGAGAAAAUGUCUUUUAAUUUCGACAAAAUUGAAAUAACAGAUAUUGAACUAAAGAACAAACGAGUGUUAGUGAGGGUGGACUUCAAUGUCCCAAUGAAAGAUGGAAAUAUCACAAAUAAUCAACGUAUUGUCGCAGCCAUGGACACUGUGAGGUAUGCUCUAGCAAAAGACUGUAAGUCAAUUGUACUAAUGUCACAUUUAGGUCGUCCAGAUGGUACAAAAACUCCAAAAUAUUCUCUUGCUCCUGUUGCUGAAGAAUUAAGAGCCAUUCUUCGCUGUGAGGUUACAUUUUUGGAUGACUGUGUUGGACCAGAAGUUGAACAGGCUUGUGCUGACCCUGCCCCCGGAUCUGUGAUUCUUCUUGAAAAUUUGCGGUUUCAUAUUGAAGAGGAAGGGAAGGCAGGAAAGACAAAAGCUGAUCCAACCAAAGUCAAAGAAUUUCGAGAAUCAUUACGUAAACUUGCUGAUGUUUACGUGAAUGAUGCAUUUGGCACUGCACAUCGUGCUCACAGUUCAAUGAUGGGAGAAGGAUUUGAUGUUCGUGCUGCCGGAUUUUUAAUGUCAAAAGAACUUGAUUAUUUCAAAAAAGCUCUUGAUAAUCCUGAAAGGCCUUUCCUUGCAAUUUUGGGCGGUGCAAAAGUUGCUGAUAAAAUCAAACUCAUCGAAAAUAUGUUAGAUAAAGUGAACGAAAUGAUUAUUGGUGGUGGAAUGGCAUACACAUUCUUGAAAGUUCUAAAUGGAAUUUCAAUUGGAUCAUCUUUGUUUGAUGAAGAGGGAUCCAAGAUAGUUAGAGAUUUAAUGGCCAAAGCAGAAAAAAAUGGUGUUAAAAUUCAUCUCCCAGUUGACUUUGUUACUGCUGACAAAUUUGAUGAAAAUGCUACAGUUGGGAGUGCUUCUCUUGCUGAAGGAAUUCCUGAGGGACAGAUGGGAUUGGAUAUUGGGCCCGUGACUGUGCAGCAAUUUUUGGAGCCAGUAGCAAGAGCAAAAGUUAUUGUUUGGAAUGGACCCAUGGGAGUGUUUGAGUGGGAGAAUUUUGCGAAAGGAACCCAGGCAAUUAUGGAUGCAGUGGUGAAAGCUACCGAAGAUGGAACUGUAACUAUUAUUGGAGGAGGAGAUACAGCUACAUGUUGUGCAAAGUGGAAGACUGAACACAAAGUUAGCCAUGUAAGCACAGGAGGAGGAGCUAGUCUUGAAUUACUUGAAGGAAAAGAGCUGCCUGGUGUUGCUGCAUUAUCAGAUAAGAAGUAAUCAUAUUUCCUAAUAGUCUGAAAUAUGUACGAGAGUCAUGUCAGCUCUAUGGCACUUUACUUGUGUAUUAUGUGGAAUGCAGUUGACCUAGUGUGUUCAUUCAAGACAUGCCUUAGAAGUUGACUGUGACAAUGUUUAGGAACUGAAAAUGUAAUGUGAUAAACAAUGUAAUGUGUUAGUAAUCUGAAAUCUUUUCCAAAUUUUACUGUGUAUAAUAAUUUGGAAAUACUGAAAAGCACUCAAGUAUUCUCAUGAAAAAAUAUAAGAAAAUAAAUAUUUGUAAGUAACAAUGUGUCUUUAUUUUAUGUUCUUUUUCUCUCGUAUAUCAAUGUUCAACAUGUGUGGAAAGCAAUUGAACUUCCAUCUCUACCUAAUUUAGUUUUUUGGUAGUUAUUACACAUUUAUGCAUAUCUGUUCUAAGAAAAGGAUAAUUAAAAUUAUUUAAUUUUGUUGACAAAAUAUCAAUGUAUCCAGUACAUACACGAGGCAAUGUAAAAUUGAUAGAGAACUUCCAUUUCUCUGUUGAAAAGCAUUUAGUUCUUUUUGCAAAUGAUUUCAUGUCUAAUGUGGAAGUUCUGUAUGCUAUUAGUGAUGUGGAACAUCUUUAAGAGGUAGGAGGAACAUAAGUCCCGAAAAUGUACAUAUUUAAUAUCACUUACACCAUGCAACCUUACUUUGAUGUCAUUUUAUAGAGGAAACGAGCCAAGCGUGUGAGCUAGGCCAAGUGUAUUGACAUCUCUCAGUAGGGAAGUGGGAACUACAUAGUUUCAUUGUCACAAUAAAAAUUUUUAAUUAAAGACUAAAAUGCUUUGUGGUGUUCUAGGAAAUUAAGAAAGCCAUAGUAAAACAAAACAUGUCAAUAACACCAAAAGUAAUGGGCACAUCUUUCUAAAUAGAAUUACUAAGGAUAGGCUUUAUGCAACAUGCAUGAAUAUUAAUUUUGGUGAAAGCUUUCAUCUCUGAACAUUUUCUCAAUUUAUGUGUUAUUAAUGACAACAACAAGAACAUCAUUUAUUCUGUCGACAAUUUUUUCAAACAAUGUAUGACAAGUCAAUUUUCGU